AGUAACGGAUUUUCCCUUAUAAAAAAGGAAAUUGAGACCCGACUGCUCAAUGAACAGCAUUAUUCGGAGACCUCGCUGCACAGCAGGUCCUGGUAUCAGCAGAUGUGGUGUCACACAUAGUCAAGAACCUGCCUCUGUCUUAUUUCAAUCUGCGAGCCUGUAUUUUAUUGCUUCACACAGACUUGUGAGCACAGGCACUCACUGAGAGGAAACCAUCUUCCAACAGCGGGUUCCCUGCUUUCCUGACAGCCCACCCCAAGCUGCAUGGGUUGAACCACCAGAAGUUCGACAAUCUCCAUUCCGGUCUUUCUUCCUCUUUAUCCACCGAGCAACCCCUCAUCCCCCCUCUCCAUCCUACAACCCCUGCGCUGUCUACUCCCUUUGCCAGUACUAGCCCCAGCAUGAUGGCUUGUUGCGCCUCAGGCUUGUUUGGACUUGCAACCACAGCAUCACCCUCCACUGCACAGACUUACCGACGCAGCAGCCACUAGAGUGAAAGAUACAGAGGGACAGAGGGGAGGAAAGACAGACAGGGAAAGACAGCAGCACCACAGGAGAGAGGAGGGAUCAUCUGUCCCAGCAGCAGAGGGAUCCACCUGUCCCACAGAGGAAGGGGCCCCCCCCACCUGAUCCAUCUGGUCGCAGGGGGGGACCCUGCGUGGCCAGGAAGGCAACAGGGACUAUGCAGCUGGGACUGGUGGCGCUGGCAAUGGUCUUCCUCAGCUCCAUGGGUCACAGCGAUGCUCUCAAGCUCUCCAAGGCGAGAAGGCAGAGACGGGUUAGUACUGAGGGGCCACCAUCUUGCCCCAAAGGCUGUGACCGAUGCUCUGAGUAUAACGGCUGCAUUAAAUGUAGGCCGAAGCUCUUCAUCUUCCUGGAGCGCAAUGAUAUCCGUCAGAUAGGUGUGUGCCUCGCCUCCUGCCCCAUGGGAUACUUUGGUAUGAGGAACCCAGAAGGCAACAACAGAUGCACCCAAUGUAAAAUAGACAAUUGUGAAGCGUGUUUCAAUCGCAAUUUUUGCACAAAAUGUAAGGAGGGCUUGUAUUCACACAGUGGGCGAUGUUAUGUCAGCUGCCCUCCAGGCCAGCGCACCGCCAAUGAGUCUAUGGAGUGUGUUGGUCAGCGUCCUGAAGAGUGUGAACUGGGCGAGUGGAGCGAAUGGGGUUCCUGUAUGAAGAAGAACAAAACAUGUGGAUUUAAGAAAGGCUUGCAGUCUCGAGUCCGCGUGCCCCUUCUGCAGGUCCACAUCCCAGACACCUCCCCGGCCUUUGUACCCUCACAGACCUGUGCUCCACAGACAGAGAGGAGCAAGUGCAUUGUGACCAAGACGCCGUGUGUGCGAGACAGGAAGAGUAAGGCAGACCGACAAGAUGAUACAAACAGGAGAGAGAGGGAGAAUGCACGCGGGCGAGGACGAGAAGGCAAAGACGGCAGUAGAGGAGGAGGAGGAGGAGGGGGGGGAGGAGGAGGGAAGAGGCGAAAAGGGCAGAGCACGACCACCACUGCUCCCAGCAUCACAACCAGCUCUGUCAGCUAAACUCCAUCGCCUGCUGGAUGGGGCUGAGAGCAAAACAGAGACAAUGCCUCAUCCAGCAGCACCAGCCAUAGACAAAGAUCAAAGUGAUGAAGGAAUGGAUUAAUGCUGCUAUGCAUUGUAGAAGAUGCAAAGAGAACUGGAGAAUUGCUGCAACACAAAAGGCUUCAACUGAGCUUUUUGAAUAUAUGAACAUAUCUGGAAGAUACUGGUGUCUUAGUGUUGUUCAGAAAGAGUUGAUGAUUUUCACUCCUCCGUGAGGGAUCGCUGUUGGACUGCAAAGCCACGUUGAAGAUUGCGGUUCGACGCGGUUCGUGACGUAUUAGUCACGUCUUGAACUAAGAACCAAUUCCUGUGCAGCUUUCAAGCUGGAAGUCUGAUAAGGAAUGAAGGGUCUCUUUCGUCUCCUCUGGUCUAUGAUGUAUUAUGUUCCAGUCCGAUUUCCAUCACAAUCUGUUCUUCAUUUGUUUUUAUGCUUGUGAGAAGUAGCAGAUGGAUUUUCUCAACAGCCGAUUUACGUGAUGUAAAGACAAUGAAUACCAUUAAGUCUUUGUAUCUUUAUGUCCUGUUGUGAGAUGAAACAAAAACAAGAAAGGCACUGGAAAUCAUUUGUGAUUGUUGAGGACAAAAGGUCUUCUAUACAGUGUAUUAUUUCAAGGAAGAAAUUUGUAACAAAAGAAGCCGAAGAGAAGAUUUAGGAGAAUUACUGGCUCAUUUUCCUCCCCGUUUGCCAUUCGAUAGCUUAGUUGUUUGUUUCGAAUUAAAUGUUGCUGUUUGUAUCAGAAAAUAACUGACCAUAAAACGAGGAAUAAAAACAGGAGUAUUUGCAUGUGUACAAGGUUGCAUGUGUUUGCCUUUGUGCAUGCAAAGAUGUGUGUGUCUGUGUGUGUGUGUGUGCGCGUUUUUCUCCACCUAAAGUCUAGUUGUUUGUGUACUUUGUAUGCAUUUGUGCACGGAAUCAAGUUUGUCAAUGGAACUUUUGUACAUGUGUGUUUACGUUUGCACAUAUGUGUUAAUAUUGGUCUCAUAGAUUGAAGUAAUAGGUUCUGGAAAACACAAGGAGGGAAAUGUAAAUGCACAGCGAUAUAUAUCAAAUAUGCAGUAACUACAAGCCACUGAUUAUCAUAUAAGCCAUCAAAUCAUCAGCUGCUCAGUAAUCAUAUCUGUUUGCAACAGGGUCUGAAGAUUUUGCACAACUAUGUUUCCUACUGCUGAAGUUUCAGAACAAAGCAUUUUACACGUUUGUACUCCAAAAGCUUCAUGACAUUACAGAUACAGAGAAAAGGGAUUUUUUCCUAGAACUUUUUUCAUUGGGUCUGUUUGCUUUACACGAGAUAUUAGUUUCAGGAGAAG